AGAGACUAGAGAGACCGGACAAGCCCCCCUUAGAUGCCUAUUGAUUUGACUUUGGUGCCAUGGGUUAAGACUAUCAGGAGCUCUACCUGCACCUUAUCCAACCGUCUCCAUUCAGGCCUACAACGACAUCUUCUUCGAAUCGUCGGGUCACCCUUACCUUCAUAAUCAAAUAUGUCUACGAGUGGCGUGACUGAGUACACCAAGACCAUCCAGAGAACAUGGACUAGGAAAAGACUGCACAUCUCCAUAGAUCUGGCUGGAGAACAAGGCAACAUCAUCAACACCUACACAACCUCAGACCGAAUCGAUGGAACCGCAGCCAUCGCAGCCGAUGAGGAUGUAGACUUCGACGUCACAUUCGAAGGUAUCUAUCGGGUAUACAACGAACGAACCGGCCCUCCCCAUACCGAUCGUCGAGUUGGCGCUUCCAAAACGUUCCUCAAACUGCGACAUCCUCUCUCGACCAAUGCAUACCCCACUUCACGGCGGUUUCAGAAGGGCGAGAAGUUUAUCUUUCCCUUCAGCUUCGUCGUUCCAGACCACAUGGACGCUCCUUUCUGCAUGUUCAACUCGGACGAAACCCACAUACAGCUCCCACCAACUCUUAAAGGCGGCAAACUCACCGGUGCCGACGGAUCCCUCAGUGAUGACUUCACUCCGACUGUAUGCGAGGUCGUCUAUGCCAUACAAGUCCGCGUAGUGCAGACUACCACCAAUAGGACGUUGAAAACGCAGUCACAACAUGUGCGGCUGAUCCCCCCAACGCCAAGCACAUGAAUUCGUGUUUGAGGGGUGGUGAUAUCAAGAACAGUGUGGCGUAUCACGAGGUGAAUCCUGGUAUACUCGAGCAAAAUCCGGGUCGGCUUAACCUGACCGCAUCUCGACCGCAAGCGAUCCGGCUGCUUGUGCCUGCGAACGUGAUCCCGAAUAAUGCUUGCUCGGUUACGGCGCAAUUGCAAUAUGUUCCCGUCAGGCACGAAUAUCCGCCACGUCUGAAAUCCCUUCGUACCAAGCUUGAAGUGUCAACCACCUACACUUGCAAUUCUGGAAUCCAGGUGGAUUGUCUUUCCACAACGGACACUGUCCGCUUUGCGAAAUCCAUACCAUUAUCCUCGCUUUGUGUGGACUCGGUGCAAUGGCAA